AUGACAACAUAUGCCAUUCAUAAUGGGAGGGAUUUGAAGUUUAUAAAAAAUGACAAUCUAAGAGUGAGAGUUAAAUGCAAGGAAGGUUGUAAGUGGUUUGCCUAUUGUGCAAAGUUACUUGAUGAAGAUACAUGGCAACUUAGAAAACUAGUUGACACACAUUCAUGCAAUAAAGAGUAUAAGGUCAAAUUUAUGAGAUCAAGUUGGCUCGGGAAAAGAUUGUACUCAAUAGUGAAAGAGAACCCGAACAUAAAACUUACAAAUAUUUCUAACAAGGUUCAUCAAAAGUGGAAUGUUGGAGUGAGUAAGAUGAAGGCAUUCAGGGCACAUAGAGUUGUAAUUGAUAUGGUUUAUGGAUCGUUCAGAGAGCAAUAUCUAAGAUUGUAUGAUUACUAUCAUGAGUUAUUAAGAUCAAAUCUAAAUAGUACUGUUAAGUUACAAGGCCAAACUACAAAUUCAGAGGUAACUAAUAAAGAUUAUGUGGACAUACCGCUUUUACCAAGUUUUCAACGCCUAUAUAUGUGUCUUAAUGGAUGUAAAGAGAGUUUCCUGAUUUGUAGACCAAUAUUUGGUCUUGAUGGUUAUUUCUUUAAAGGGUAUUAUGGGGGUAUGGUUCUUGUUGUUGUGGGUAGAGACCCAAAUGACCAAAUGCUUCUAAUUGUUGUGGUUGUAGUUGAAGGUGAAACUAGAGAUUCAUGGACUUUGUUCCUUAAAUUAUUAAAUGAUGACUUGGGUGGACAACAAACAUGGAAAUUCUACACUUUUAUAUCUCAUGAGUAA